GUUCUGGUGUUCAACAACGCACACAGACAUGGAGUACUCCGAUAACUGACACAAUAAAGCUUCCAAAUUCGAAAUCAGUCAUCCCAAUCAAUCACUUCGUUCCUCAUUAAAACCCUAAUCCCUCUCAAUCCUACAGAAUAAUAAUGGCGGUUUCAGAAGAAGAAUCUUCAUCAUCGUCUUCAUCACGCCCAAAUACAUCCAACACUAAUUUGCGAUCACCUAACGCCGAUGCCUUUUAUUUGGCCAAAACAGUCCUCAGAGGCAGCGUUGUUCUUCAAGCUGUUUGCGGCCACUUCCGCUCCCCCAAUUCUUACGACGUCGUCUUCGGCAAGGAGACAUCAAUAGAACUCGUGAUAGUUGAUGAAGAUGGGGUUGUUCAGUCUAUUUCUGAACAACCUGUAUUUGGUACCAUCAAAGAUAUUGCAGUCCUUCCAUGGAAUAAGAGGUUUCAGGUGCAGAAUCCAAAGGUACUGGGGAAGGAUAUGUUACUUGUCAUUUCUGAUUCAGGAAAGCUUUCAUUUCUCACCUUUUGCAGUGAAAUGCACAGGUUUUUGCCGUUGACCCAUAUUCAGCUUUCUGAUCCUGGCAACUCAAGGCAUCAAGUUGGAAGGAUGCUAGCUGUUGAUUCCAGUGGUUGUUUUGUUGCUGCUAGUGCGUAUGAGGAUCAAUUGGCUAUCUUCUCGCUGUCUAUGUCCUCAAGUGGUGAUAUCAUUGAUAAGAGAAUUUUGUGUCCUCCUGAAAAAGAUGGGGGUUUGGAAACUGCAAAAGGUUCUAUUAUCAAUAUUUCUGGUACAAUAUGGAGCAUGUGCUUCAUCUCUGAAGAUGACAAUCAGCCUGAGAAGGAGAGGAAGCCUGUUCUUGCCAUUCUUCUGAAUAGAUGGGGAUCUUUUUAUCGAAAUGAGCUUUUGUUGCUGGAAUGGAAUAUCAAGGAACAGUCAGUCCAAGUGGUGUAUCAGUUUGCAGAAGCCGGACCUUUAGCAUAUCAUAUAGUAGAAGUGCCUCAUACUCAUGGAUUUGCCUUCCUGUUCAGGGCAGGUGAUAUUGCCCUCAUGGAUUUCAGGAAUGUCAAAAGCCCUUCUUGUGUCCACAGGACAAGUUUAAAUUUCACACCAUUGGAGGAAAAGAAAUUUAAAAACAGUAUUAGAAUACCUGAUAUUAUGGAUGAAGAAGGUAUGUAUAGCGUUGCUGCAUCUGCUUUGCUGGAGCUUGGUGACAUAAAUAAAAACGAUGAUCCAAUGAAUAUUGAUGAUUAUAGUAGUGUCCAACCUGGUUCCAAUUAUGUCUGCUCAUGGAGUUGGGAACCUGGUGUAACAAAUGGUCAUAGGAUCAUAUUUAGUGCUGACUCUGGAGAUCUUUAUGCUCUUGAAGUCCUUUUUGAGUCUGAUGGCGUUAGAGUAAAUUUAUCUGAUUGUCUUUACAAAGGUCGACCAGCCAAUGCUCUGUUAUGGCUUGACUGUGGGUUUGUAGCAGUCGUUGUUGACAUGGCAGAUGGGAUGGUCUUAAAAUUUGAAGAGGGGUUUCUAAAAUACAAAAGUUCGAUUCAAAACAUUGCACCAAUCUUAGAUAUGUGCAUUGUUGAUUAUCCUGAUGAGAAACACGAUCAACUGUUUGCCUGCUCUGGGAUGGCAUCUGAGGGAUCUCUGCGGAUCAUCCGAAGUGGUAUCAGUGUGGAGAAAUUGUUGAAAACUGCUCCAAUUUAUCAGGGUGUCACUGGUACAUGGACAGUCAAAAUGAAACUUUCCGACCCUUAUCAUUCUUUUCUUGUACUAUCAUUUGUUGAGGAGACCAGGGUUCUUUCAGUCGGUGUCAACUUUUCUGAUGUAACUGAAUCUGUUGGUUUUCAGCCAGAUGUCUGCACUUUGGCUUGUGGUGUUGUAGCUGAUGGUGUGAUGGUCCAGAUUCACCAACGUGGAGUGAGACUUUGUUUGCCCGUUGGAAGUGUGCAUCCCGAAGGUAUUCCUUUCUCAUCUCCAAUAUGCACAUCGUGGUUCCCUGAUAAUAUGAGUAUAAGUCUCGGAGCUGUUGGGCACGGCAUGAUAGUGGUAGCCACAUCCAGUCCAUGUUUCCUAUUCAUUCUUGGUAUUCGAUGUUCAUUGGCGUAUCAUUACGAAGUUUAUCAGAUGUACUGUGUAAAAUUGCAGAAUGAGUUAUCUUGUAUCUCCAUACCUCAGAAGCACCUUGAGCUGAGUAGAUUUUUGACAAAUUAUGCAGCUAACAACUCUACGCCAGCCUUUCCAUCUGGAAAUCAUGUUGAUAAUUUGUUCGUUAUUGGUACUCAUAGGCCUUCAGUAGAAGUCGUAUCCUUUACAGGUGAUAAGGGACUACAAGUUCUUGCCAUAGGGAUCAUCUCAUUAACGAACACACUGGGGACUACUAUUAGUGGAUGUGUUCCAGAAGAUGUAAGGCUUGUCUUAGUUGAUCGCCUGUAUGUUCUUUCAGGAUUGAGGAAUGGAAUGCUACUUAGGUUUGAGUGGCCUAGUGCCUCUACACUUUCCUCAGCAGGGUCAACCGGUCAGCAAUCUAUUGUUGGGUCCUCCACAAUCAAUUUCCAUAUCUCGUCGAAUUUAUUGUCUCCGAAUAACGAAGUCCCGGAAAUAUUCAAGUCCAAUAUAUCUGGGAAGACUGAAGGAGAUUUGCCAGUUAAUCUUCAGCUGAUUGCUGUACGCCGAAUUGGUAUUACACCUGUUUUCUUGGUUUCGUUGAGUGAUUCCCUUGAUGCUGAUAUGAUUGCCCUCAGUGAUAGGCCUUGGUUAUUGCAGACUGCAAGGCACAGUCUUUCUUAUACAUCCAUCUCCUUCCAACCUUCUACUCAUGUCACUCCUGUGUGUUCAGUUGAAUGCCCCAGAGGAAUUUUAUUUGUUGCAGAGAACAGUCUUAAUUUGGUGGAAAUGGUGCCUAGUAAAAGGCUUAAUGUGCAGGCAUUUCAUCUUGGAGGCACUCCGAGGAAAAUUUUAUAUCAUAAUGCUACCAGGUUGUUGUUCAUUAUGAGGACAGAAUUAGAUAAUGAUUCAUGCUCAUCAGAUAUUUGCUGUGUGGAUCCUUUGAGCGGCUCAGUGGUAUCAUCUUUCAAAUUUGAACCUGGGGAGACUGGAAAAUGCAUGGAGUUCAUAAAGGUCGGAUGUGAGCAUGUGCUGGUUGUUGGAACUAGCCUUUCUGCUGGACCAGCUAUGAUGCCAAGUGGUGAAGCUGAAAGUACAAAAGGCCGUCUGCUUGUUCUCUUCCUUGAAUACACGCAUAUUUCAGACAUUGGUUCUGUAACACAACGAAAUUCACCUAUCGGGGGCUAUUCUGCUGAUCAGCUCUUUAACAGUAGCCUCUGUAGCAGCCCGGAUGAUAAUAACUACGAUGGAAUUAAACUUGAAGAAACUGAAGCAUGGCACUUGCGCUUGGCUUACUCAACCAUCGUGAGCGGCAUGAUACUUGCCGUGUGCCAGUACCUUGAUAGUUAUUUCUUGUUUUCUUCUGGUUCUACUUUUUCUGUUUGUGGUUUUGUGAAUGAUAAUUGUCAAAGGAUGAGGAAAUUUGCUUCCACAAGAACUCGGUUUACUAUUAUGACUUUGACUUCACAUUUCACUAGAAUAGCUGUUGGGGAUUGUCGUGACGGUGUUCUCUUCUAUUCUUACCAUGAGGAUUCCAAAAAACUAGAGCAAGUUUAUUGUGAUCCUGUCCAGAGGCUAGUUGCUGAUUGCCUUCUUAUGGAUGUUGAUACUGCCGUUGUUUCGGACAGGAAAGGAAGUUUGGUUGUCUUAUCAUGCGCAAAUCAUUUAGAAGACAAUGCGAGUCCGGAGCGCAACUUGACUCUAAGCUGUUCAUACUAUAUGGGUGAGAUUGCCAUGAGCAUGAGGAAGGGUUCAUUCUCAUACAAACUCCCAGCAGAUGAUAUGUUGAAGGACUCCGAUGAUGCUACUAACAAUAUUAACUCAUCACGAAACUGUAUAAUGGCAUCUACGCUAUUAGGGAGUAUAAUAAUCUUCAUUCCGAUGACAAGGGAGGAAUACGAGCUAUUAGAAGAGGUUCAGGCUAGGCUUGUGGUUGACCCGCUUACUGCUCCAAUUCUGGGAAACGAUCACAAUGAAUUUCGAAGCCGUGAAAGUCGGGCUGGAAUACGUAAGAUACUGGAUGGUGACAUUUUGGGUCAAUUCUUGGAGCUUACAAGCAUGCAGCAAGAGGCGGUGUUGGCAUUACCUAGUGGCACACCAAAUGUAACAGUUAUGUCGACCUUGAAACCUCCUAUGCCAGUUAUGGUUAAUCAGGUUGUUCGACUGCUUGAACGUGUACAUUAUGCCCUUAACUAAUUCUUUAUCAUAUUUAUUUCCCUAUGAUGAGUGUGAGAUUUCAAUGAUUGGGAAUUUUGUUCCCUUGUCAUAUUUUAUCGAAGUUUCGAUAUGGAGGCAACACUAUAUUAUUAUUAUUGUAGAGAGAGGACUGUGCAUCUCGUCCGUCUACACCUACUGCCUAUACGCCCGUCACGAGCCCUUUGUUGUAAAAACAAUCUUGUUAGAAUGCGUACAUAACUUUUAGUUUCAAUUUUCUUCUAUGUUUCAAUUCCCGAUCUUAAUACAAUAACAUUUCUUUUGGUG